AUGUCAGAUAUCUCGACACGAUUAGCGCAACUUGAAAACAUCGUUAAAUCCCAAAAUUCAAAGAUAAUUCGAUUGGAAGAAAACGUAGAAACUCUCCGUCAAAAUAAUACACAACUGGAUGAGAUUAUUAUAAGACAACAGGAGCAACUCAAAAGGUUGGAACAACGUGGUGAUCAGCAAAGAUCAGUGUAUCAGGACAAUAAAGUCAAGCAGUUAACGAGAGGUAGUCGUCUACUCAGUGCAAGCCCUGGAGUAAUUACCAUAGCUUUCCAUGCUCGUCUUUCCAAGACUGAAACGCCUGCGAAACAUCAUACUAUCAUAUUUGACAUCAUCAGCACAAACAGUGGAAAUGGCUACAACAAAUUUUCAGGGGCAUUUACUGCACCUAUUGAUGGUCUUUACGUUUUUUCAUAUACUAUUGUCCCAGAUUGCAACAGCUAUGGCGCAUUUGAACUUGUUGCAAAUAACCAAAUACACGGCGUGGUUUUUCCUGAAUCUGCCGGCGGAUGUGACUAUACAGGAUCUUCCACAACAGCAGUUGUUGAAUUGGCUCAAGGUGAUGUCACAUUCAUAAGAACUAGUCCAACAUAUACACCAGUUGGAAAAAUAGUAAGCAAUGUCAAUAUGUGGACAUCUUUUGCAGGCUGGCGGAUCGGGGACAGAGAGUAG